CUGGCCGCGGGGCAGGGCGGGGAGCCGAGGCCUCGGGGUCCCGGCGGCGGACGCGCAUCCCCCGCGUGGCCGUGGCAGGAGCACAGCUCAUUGUAUCGUGUUUGAGCAGGAGACUCCAACUAUACAGCUAAGCAAUGCAUGUCCUCUCCUGACUACCCCACUCACUUCUCCCACUAAUAUUUCCAGUGUCACCUGUGCUUACAAGAGAAAAAGUAAGCAAAAAAAAUGAAUGAAUAUGCGGAUGUGGUGUCAUUUGAAGAUGUCACUGUGGACUUCACCUGGGAGGAGUGGCAGGAUCUGGAUGAUGCUCAGAGGGUACUGUACAGGAACGUGAUGCUGGAGACCUAUAGCAGCCUGGUGGCCCUGGGGCAAUGCAUUUCCAAACCUGACUUGAUAUUCAAGUUGGAGCAAGGAGCAGAGCCAUGGACGGGAGGAGAUCCUGCCCACCAGAGCCUGCCAGGGGGCCACAAUGUGGAAGACACAACUAAGAUCAGCCAGAAAAGUCAAGACAGACCUAUGUGGAAAGUUUUUACCAAUAGACACAGUACAGCAACUGAGGAUUUAAUAGAAUUAGAAAACACUGUUUACUUGAGCUCAAUCAAAUUUUCGGAUUUCAUCAUAAGUAAUGAAAACUGUUCACUAGUGAAGACUUCAGCAUUAAGUGGAUUUCAGCAUACAUAUCUUCCUUGUGAGCCUCAUGGAAAAAACAAUGUAAAGAAAUCUGAUGGAUGUCAUAUAACAGGGAAAUCCCUUAGGUGUCUUGACCAUUUUGGUCAGCACCAGGAGAUUCAAAUGGGACAACAGCAUUUUGAAUAUAGUGGACAAAAUAAAGACAUGAGAGAGGCAGAGUUAUUGGAAAUAACUACUCCAUAUAAAAGGCUCCCUAUGGGACUGACUUCAUGUAAACAUAAUGAAUUUAUGCAGGCAAUUGAUAAGUCAGCUGGGAUUGUCAAGGUAAGGAGGAAUAUUUUUGUUAAAAACUAUAAACUUACUAAACACCAAGAAACAGAAUUAAGGGAGAAAUCUUGUGGAUACCUUGAAAGUAAGAAAACUUUCACAAGCAAAUUAGAGCUUACAUUUCAUCAAAAAACACCUACCACAAAAAAGGCCCAUGUAUGUGUCCAGUGUGAGAAAGCCUUUAGCACCAAAUCUUCCCUUACCAUUCAUCAGCGAAUUCAUACAGGGGAAAAGCCCUAUGGAUGUAAUAAAUGUGAUAAAACCUUCCGCCAGAAGUCAGCACUUAUUGCACAUGAGAGAAUUCACACUGGGGAAAAGCCUUUUGAAUGUAAUGUAUGCGGAAAGGCCUUUCAACAUAAGUGGUACCUCAGUGUGCAUCAGAGAACUCACACAGGUGAGAAGCCAUAUGAAUGUAAAGACUGUGGAAAGGCCUUUUUAAACAAGUCAUAUCUGAACAUGCAUCAGGGUACUCACAAGAGUGAUAAACCUUACCAUUGUGAAGAAUGUGGAAAAACUUUCCAUAACAAAUCAUACUUCAACAUGCAUCAUAGAACUCACACUGGUGAGAAGCCGUAUGCAUGUAAUGAGUGUGGAAAAGCCUUUUACCAUAAUUCAGACCUCCUGAGGCACCAGAGAAUUCACAAUACAGAGAAACCAUAUGAAUGUAUUGAGUGUGGAAAAGCCUUUCAAAACAAGUCAUACCUCAGAAUCCAUCAGAGAACUCAUACAGGUGAGAAGCCUUAUGAAUGUAAAGAAUGUGGAAAAGCCUUUCAAAACAAGUCAUACCUGAACAGACAUCAAGUAAUUCAUACAGGUGAGAAACCCUAUGAAUGUAACAAAUGUGGGAAAACCUUUCAGUGGAAGGUAGUCCUCAGUAAGCAUUAUAGCACUCACACAGGUGAGAAGCCCUAUGAAUGCCUUCUAUGUGGAAAAACUUUUGCCCAGAAAUCAUCUCUUGUUGUACAUGAGCUAAUUCAUAGUGGGGAGAAACCCUAUGAAUGUAAUGUGUGUGGAAAAACCUUUACCCAGAAUUCCAACUUAAGUAGGCAUCAGAAAACUCACAGAUAUGGGAUAGCCUGUGAUGCUAAGAAGUACAGAGAAACAAUGGACUGAAACUCACGCAUUAGAAUACAUAGAUACUUCCAGAGGAGAAACUAUGAAUUUGAGCAAUGUGGAUCUUCCUAUCACAAGUCACCUUUCAUUUCACAUAAGAUAACUCACACAGGAAGAAUCGUAGGAGUGCACUGAAUUGGAGAAACUCCCAACAAAAUUCGUUUCUCAGCAGUUAUCAGAGAACUCAUGUAGGAGGAAAAAAUCUUACAAACGUAAUUAAUGUGGAAAAACCUCUCAUCACAAGUGAAAAAAAUUAGUGCAUACAGCUGUUCAACAGGAGAAAACACAGUAAUAUAAAAAAUGUAAGAGAAGGGUUUACCUUAUAUCUUUCUUUAAUGUGUUGAGACAACUCACUCAUAUUGGAGAGAAACUAUGAACAUUGUGAAUAUGCAAAUUCAGUCUGUAAGAAGCAUCAGAAACCUUUAUUAAAGUUAAGAAUCCUAUGAAUAUAACUAGAUGUUACAUAAAAUUUGUUUUUCAGUACACAUGCAUUAAUAAAUGAGAUAAUCCACAUGGGGGAAAAACUUCAAAUACAAUCACUAGAAAACUGACUUGAAAUCAUUGCUUGCUAAAUAGAGAUGAACUGGGCGUGGUGGCGCACACCUUUUAUUUUAUUUUAUUUUUCAUCCUAGCACUUGGGAGGCAGAAGUAGGAGGAUUGCCAUGAGUUUGAGACCACCCUGAGACUACAUAGUGAAUUCCAGGUCAGUCUGGGCUAAAGUCAGACCCUACCUCAAAAAAAUAUGAGAUGAUGUUGCAAGAAAAAUGUCUACAAAUACAGUUAGUGUGGGAAAGCUUUUUGCUAGAAGUUAAAUUCAAAAAGUAUCAGAGAAUUAACAUUUAUACAGAAAGGAAACCCUAUAAAUGUAGCAAAACUAUCAGCCAUGUCAUACCUCAGUAUGUAUCUAACACUUCACAUAGAAGUCCUACAAAUGUGUAACAACAUCCUCAGAAAUAAAGCACUGGUUACAUCACAAAUGAAAAAUAUUGAGUGACAGAAAUGAGCUUUGUUUUUUUCCAGAAAUCUUUUGCUUUUACAUCUCUGGACAAAGCCUGUAAUUCCUAGCUUCUCCUAAUUGUGGUUGUGACCAGUUUAUUGAGGGGGAAUACGAGCCUAACUAACAGCCCUCAUAGAUGUUACUAACCAAAAGACAAUAGCCAGGCUAUUUACAUUUGCUCCUCAUGCAAGUAUGUAGUACAGGUGACCCUAAGGAUGUUCUUUGUAAUCAUCACUGGAUGAAAUUUAUUGGGGAUUCAUAAAAACUGAACAGAGGUCAUCCCACCUAUUUUAUGAGUGUCCUUUACCUGUUACAUAAAUGAGUAAUAAGCACUUAUAGUGUUGAUUAUUACACUAGUAGGUCCUUGUUGGUAAUUCACUUUAUAAGUAAUUCAUGUUAUAAUUCAUCUUUUUGAGAUGAGAGCAGUGAGGAUACUCAUAAUGAAGAGAGACCAACAUUUUCAUCUUUCAUCUUCAAGUCAAUCAAAUGUGAAGAAAUGACUUAUUCGGAAAUGUGUCAGGCAAGAAUAUCUCUUAGAAAAUGUAAAUCUUUUAAAUCUGUCAAAUCUUUAAAUCACACUUCUAUUGUUAUGUAUCAAAAUUUGUAAUAAAUGGAAAAUUUCCAAUUCUUGUAAUAUGGAUAUGUAUAUAGGUUUUUCAAAAGAAUUGUUAAAUAUAAUAUCAAAAACUUUGAGUACUUAUCAUAAAUAAAAUAUAACUGAUGAUAUAGCCUCCUGAGUUAUAUGUAACUAAUAAUAUAGACAUUUUUGGUUCACUUAACUGGGUGUUAUGACCUACUAAUGCUAUCUGGUGAAUAGGGCCAGGGAUUCUGAUACACUGUCUAUGAAGAUUGUAACAGCCAUCUUACGUUGGUUAUAAAGUACAACUUGUAAUAAAAUGAAUAGGAAUUUGAUGACACAUGUAGUAUGUCUUAGGUCCCAUAUGCAGGAUAUCACACUGUCAGAUACAUGAUUCUAGAGUCUAUUAGAUAAAUGCAAGCUGUACAUUAAAAAGUUGGUGUUGUUCUGGACAGAUGGAUCAGCAGAUUAAGGUGCUUGCUUGCAAGGCCUGACAGCCUGGGUUCA